GUCUGGGAUUCUGUGACAAUGCUGUCCUCAUCCUGUCUGCUGCCAGGAGCUUGGCAUGUUUUCCUGACUUAGGGACACUGCCUGCUCUGUCCCUGCCAGCUCCUGGGGAUGGGUCUCCUGGGACACCCCACCCAUGAGGAUGGGGCCACAAUGAGGGGUUUGAUGCAAGUGGGGGCUGCAGGGUACAGGCACCCAGUGCUGCUUCAGAUACAGCACCAACUGGGACAGCCCACUUGGCACAGAUGGCACAGAUCAGUGCCAGAGGCACUUUUUGCUGUCCCUUUGAGCCCAUCCAAGCCCCUGGGAUGCAGGAGGGCCACACUGCCAGCCUAUUUUAAUGUGCUGUUCCUUUCUCUCUCUCUUUUCCAGGCCUUUGCACUGAAGCCAAGUGAAGCACCUCACAAUUGCACUGCACACUUCUCAGCUCAGAUUCCUCUGGCAGCCAAACAUCUCUGUUACUGACACCUCGAGGGCUCUUUCUCUCCUCCCUGCCCAUCUCUCCUGUGUCUGUGCCUGGAAGCUGGUGCCCAGCAGUAGCUCUAUCUCCCUGUCCAUCCUGCUGGACCACUCCCCACCAUGUUUCAGCGUCUCACCAGCCUCUUCUUCAGUGACAGCAGCAUGCCAGAGGGCCUGGAGGAGCCCAAACCCUUUGUCGAGGAAGAGGAGGAGGAGGAUGGCUGGCUCAUAAUUGAUCUUGCAGGCAGCCGUGCCCGCCCCGGCCCCGCCCGCCGCCCGGCUGCUGGCGGUACCGGGCGCUCGGCGCGACCCCGCCCGACGCCCCCCGGUCCGCCUCCGCCACCGGCUGCUUCCCCGGUUCCGGCCGGUCCCUGCUUGAUGGACGAGAGUUGGUUUGUCACCCCUCCCCCCUGUUUUACUGCAGAGGAGCCCGGCCCCGACGGCGUGGGGAGCAGCCCCAUGGAGGACCUGCUCAUCGAGCACCCCAGCAUGUCUGUCUACGUCACCAGCACCCUCGAGGUGGAUGGGGAGGGCCCCGAGGACGAUGCUGCAGAGGACGUUCCGGAGCCGCGGCCGGAGCCGCCCGUGGCGCACCGCGGCCGGGCGCUGGCGGUGAAGGCGGCGGCGCUGGACAAGGCGGGGCAGGCGCAGCGGGCGCAGCGGGCCAAGCAGCUGGCGGAGCGGCACCGCCUGGCCCAGAAGGCGCUGCAGCGGCAGAACCGGGCCCGGCAGCGCCCGCCCCGCCGCGCCAAACAGCUCCCAGGGGCCUUCGUUCACCAGCCCUGCCAGCGCCACUGCAACUACUGACCUCGCUCCGCCGCCCAGGGGCUCCCCCAGGCCGGCCCCGGCCGCGGGAGCGGCCCCCACGGACACUGGGGACACGGCGGCGGCUUCACUCCACAUCCCGCGCCCGCACGCCUGACCCGCGCUCCUCAUGUUCCUCCUGUACCCUCACCGCGCCCCUCACCCUCGAUGCCGUCUGGGCCACGACCCCCGGAGCCGCCGGCAUGGAGGGCCAUGCUCCCCCUCCCCAGCCUCGGCAGCCUUCACGCGGGAAAUCAGAAUUCCCAGUGAAAUCACUUGUUCCUGAAAUCACCUGUUCCCGGUGAAAUCUGUUUGUCCUGAUAAGCCUGUGACAUCAGUGCCUUUCCUCACAUCAUGACUCCAUGUACAGCCUGGCUGGGAUGUCACAGAGACAUCGAGCGGGAGUGACAAGAGCAAUGAAGCCACAACAUUUGGGAUUUCUAGGAAAAUCUCAUCAAUGACACUAAUUAAUGGUUCCACCCUGCAAAGCCAGCAAAUACUCCUCUCCCUCCUUGAUUUCUUAGCUACAUUUUACAGUGAUAACGCCCCACUGCCAGUCCCGAAGGGGCUUGUGGUUGAAAGCGCUGGUAGAAUCUCCAGGGCUGGGUUAGCCACGCAGCUCCUGGUGCCUCAUGGUGUUGUUUUUUUUAACAACCUUAAAAGGAAUCUCAGGAAUCAAAGUACCGUCCCAGCGCCGCACCGGAGCCCUUGGCUACCGUGCCAGGAGCGGUGGCCAGCCUGGGGUGGCAUCACCGUGGCUGGUGGUCCCAUCCAAGCGAGCCCUUUGGUCCUGGAGCCAGUCCCCUGCCCUAGCCACAGCUGUAUCCCCAGGGGUAGACCUGUAUAGGUGUGUGUAUAUAUUUCUCUCUGUACCUGGACACUCAGAAGAAGCGCUGUUAAGCCGAGAGUUGCUGUCUGCCUGGUGUUAGUCCCCAGGGGGGGAGAGGAGGCAGGAUCUGCACAGCUUCCCCGAGGUGGCCAAAGCAUGUCCGUGGUGGUGGUGAAGAGAUGCUGAAGAGGAGGCUGGAGGGAAGAUGCUGAAAUAAGGACAAAGAUGGAUCUGGGAGCCACUGCAGUGGGUCAGGAUGGGGCAGGCCUGAGUGAGAGGAUUGCUGUAACAGGAGCUGUGACAGAGGCAUCUUCUUUCCCCACUAAAAAUGGCAUCCUUUCCCGUGAAGGGCCAAAUUCACUGCUAGGUGAUACUAAUUUUUAAUGCAAAUCCCUCCUCUCUUCGUGAUGGAUUCCUGCCUUUGGAAGAACAUGGUCCAGGCUUUUCACUGGCUCCAGCACCAGCUGAGACAGCUUCAAAUCCAGCAGAAAUUUGCUGAUCUGCCCCCAGUUCGCUCCUUUUAGGAACUGGUUUUGUACCCUGUGCCCUGGGAAAGCGUGCUGCUCGUGACCACAGCCUGGAUUCCCACCCUCUGAGACCAGAAAUACCCCCACAACACUCCAGAAAAUUCUGAUUUCACCAGAGGUUCUUCCACUCACCAUGUUGCCGGGGACCUCGACUGAAGGAAUUUUGGUGAGCCCAAACUGAGACAGCUGAUAGUUAUUAAUUAUUUUAAUGAGAUUAAAGCUAAAAUGAACCUUCUUAGUAGCAACAGCCCCUAGCUCUGGGCCAAGGAGCCUGGACCGUAGUAGCCAGCUGCUGCUGCUCCCCUGCAGCAGUUCCCCUUCGCUCCACUGCCUCGGCUUUCCCAAAAGCACAGAGCUGGGCAACUCCAGAGUGGUGCAUCCCAAGAGGUGGAACUCCGUGCCCUCAGCAUUGUUCCACUAUCCUCGGGCCUCACCAAAAUGUCUGUCCCUCACCAAGCCUGAGACCACCCCCAGAUCACCCUGCUGGUGAAGAGACUGGCAUCUCCUGACUCCAGGGGAGCGUUUACAUCCUUUAGCUUCCUGGGCUUCACACUCAAUGCCUUUUUUUGCCCCUGCAGUGAUGCCUGGGAUGGACUGGGAGCAGGGACGUGCAGGGACAGUGGCACAGGUGCUGUGGCAGCAGGCAG